AUGGCUUUGGAAAUGGAAAUCAAAGAGUUGAUAGCUUUCAGCGAUUCAGAUUUGCUUGUACAUCAAACCUUGAAACAGUGGAUAACCAAAGAUUCAAAAAUUCUGCCCUACCAUUGCAGUCUGCUUACUCUGGCCAAGCAAUUUCGAAAUUUGGAGUUCAGACAUCUUCCACGUGCCCGAAACGCAUUUGCCGAUGCUUUGGCCACUUUAGCUUCUAUGAUCCAAUAUCCUGAUGAAUUGAGGAUCGAGCCAAUUCCGAUUCAACUUCAAGACAAACCUGCCCACUGUUGGGUUGUAGACAAGUCCUCCGACAAUGUUCCGUGGUAUAAUGAUCUUAAGGAGUUUCUCAAAACAGGAUCUUACCCUCUGCAUGCUAAGACAAAGGACAAGAAUUUUCUGC